AUGUCUAGUCAACCAGACCGUGUUAUUCUACCCCAAAACGUGACUCCAGUGCACUACAAGUUGCAAUUGGAGCCAUUGUUCGAUACAUUUAAGUUCAAUGGUACAGUUAGCAUUGAUUUGAAGGUUAACGAUAAGGACACAGACUUUGUUGAAUUGAACACUGUGGAGUUGGAAAUCCAUGAAGCUGAUAUCGCUGGUGUGAAGGCUAGCGACAUUACUUCUGAUGAGGAAGAACAAACGACUAGAUUCACUUUCCCUACUGGCACCUUGCAAAAGGCUGGUGACAGUGGCGAAAUUGCCACUCUGAAUAUCAAGUUCACUGGUAUCUUGAACGACAAGAUGGCUGGUUUCUACCGUGCCAAAUACACCGAUAAGAAGACUGGCGAGACCAAGUACAUGGCUACCACUCAGAUGGAACCAACUGAUGCUCGUAAAGCCUUCCCAUGUUUCGAUGAACCAAACUUGAAGGCCUCCUUUGAAAUUUCCUUGGUUUCGGAGCCACACUUGACCCAUUUGUCCAACAUGGACGUGAAAAACGAGGAAGUUGUUGAGGGCAAGAAGAUCACCCACUUCAACCCUACUCCAAACAUGUCUACUUACUUGGUCGCAUUCAUUGUCGCCGAGUUGGAAUACGUUGAGUGCAAGGAUUUCAGAAUCCCAGUUAGAGUUUACGCUACGCCUGGUUCUGAGCAUUUAGGCCAAUACGCUGCCGACUUGACUGCCAAGACUUUGGACUUCUUCGAAAAGGCAUUCGACAUCAAGUACCCUCUACCAAAGAUGGACUCCGUUGCCGUGCAUGAAUUCUCUGCCGGUGCUAUGGAAAACUGGGGGUUGAUCACCUACCGUGUUGUCGACUUGCUAUUAGACGAAAAGAACGCCAGUUUGGAACGUAUCAAGCGUGUUGCUGAAGUCGUCCAACACGAAUUGGCUCACCAAUGGUUCGGUAACUUGGUUACCAUGGACUGGUGGGAAGGUUUGUGGUUAAACGAAGGUUUCGCCACCUGGAUGUCCUGGUACGCCUGUAACCAAUUCCAACCUCAAUGGAAGGUUUGGGAGCAAUACGUUGCAGAUGAUUUGCAAAGCGCCCUUGGUUUGGACUCCCUAAGAUCAUCUCACCCAAUUGAAGUUCCAGUCAAGAGAGCAGACGAGAUCAACCAAAUCUUUGACCACAUCUCUUAUGCAAAGGGUUCCUCUUUGUUGAGAAUGAUCUCCCAAUGGUUGGGCGAAGAAACCUUCGUUAAAGGUGUUUCAAACUAUUUGAACAAAUUUAAGUUCGGGAACGCCAAGACCGAAGAUUUGUGGGAUGCCCUAUCUGAUGCCUCCGGUAAAGACGUUCGUAAAGUGAUGGAUAUCUGGACCAAGAAGGUCGGUUUCCCAAUUGUCACCGUUACUGAAGACGGUAACAAAAUCACUUUCAAGCAAAACCGUUACUUGAACACCGCCGAUGUCAAGCCAGAAGAAGACACCACUUUGUACCCUGUUUUCUUAUCUCUAAAAACCAAGUCUGGUGUUGAUCACUCUUUGACUUUGGACCAAAGAGAAUUAACCGUUACCGUUGACGAUGCUGAAUUCAUCAAGACAAAUGCUAACCAAGCUGGUAUCUACAUUACCUCCUAUUCUGACGACAGAUGGAAGGCUUUGGCUAACCAAGCUAAACUUUUGUCCGUUGAAGACCGUACCGGUUUGGUUGCCGACUGUAAAAACUUGUCCACUUCGGGCUACACUUCUACCAAGAAUUUCUUGUACUUAAUCUCUCAAUGGAAGAACGAAGAGUCCUUCGUUGUUUGGGAGCAAAUCGUGAACAGUUUGGGAUCCUUGAAGGCUGCUUGGGCUUUCGAACCAAAGGAAACCUUGGAUGCUUUGAAUGAAUUCACCAGACAAUUAGUCUCAGACAAGACUCAUGCUCUAGGCUGGACUUUCUCUGAAGAUGAAUCAUACGCUUCUCAACGUUUGAAGGUUGAAAUGUUCGCCACUUCUGCUGCCGCUAAGGACCCUGUUGUUGUCAAGGCUGCUUUGGAAAUGUUCGACAAGUACACUUCUGGUGACAACGCUGCAAUCCCACCAUUAAUCAAGUCUGUUGUUUUCAACACUGUGGCCAGAGAUGGUGAUGCAAAGAAUUACGAAAAGUUGUUCAACAUUUACAAGAACCCAUCUUCUACUGACGAGAAACUUUCUGCACUAAGGUGCUUGGGUAGAUUCGAAGACCCAAGCUUGAUGAAGAGAACUCUAGGCUAUCUAAUGGACGGAACUGUCUUGAAUCAAGAUAUCUACAUUCCAAUGGGUGGUAUGAGAGGUCACAAGGAAGGUAUUGAAACAUUAUGGGCUUGGACAAAGGAAAACUGGGAUGCUCUACACAAGAGAUUCCCUCCAUCUCUAACAAUGUUGAGUUCCAUCUUGAGUGUUGCUACUUCAGGAUUCACUUCUCGUGAAGCCAUUGACGACAUAAAGAGCUUUUUCAAGGACAAGUCUACCAAGGGUUUCGAUCAAGGUUUGGCUCAAUCUCUAGAUGCUAUCACUUCCAAGGCUAACUGGGUUGAUAGAGACCGUGAAGUUGUUGCUAAAUACUUGAAGGAAAACAACUACUACAAAUAA